UAUUUUAACAAAAUUUAAUAACCAAUCCACGUUCUUUAUCCAUCUUCUUCCCCCAAAUAAACACUCUUUACGUAUUCGGAUUAAUCCCACGAUCCAUUACAAUGGCUACAAUCAUCUCCUGCUCCGCUCUCCCUUCGAUCCGUGCAUCUUCCGGAUCCAUCAGAAAACCGGAUCCAACCGGGAAGAAACCCGGUUCAUGGUGGGCUCCUCUCUUCGGCUGGUCAUCGGAACCAGAUUACGUGAAUAACAAUAACAACAGCUCCUCGGCUAGUCUGGAUUCAGAUCUGGAUAAAACUACGCGGAGGUGUCUCACAGAGGAGAAGGCGAAGCAGCUCCGCAUGAAAAUCGCCCAAGUCUCCACGUUCCACGAAGUCAUGUAUCAUUCCGCUAUCGCGUCACGGCUCGCGUCUGACGUGUCCGUUCGGGUCAACGAGUAAUCGGAUCGGGUCACGGAUGAUAAAUAAAUAAAUAAUAAUUUCUCGAACUAAAAUUUCUUUUUCGGAUCAACAACCUCUUUUGAUCGAUGAUACUCCUCAAGAACCGUGUUGGAUUGCGUAUCGUCGUCCAUCUAGAUCGUGCGCGUUGUUGUUUCUUGUCAACCGUUGGAUUGUCAUUUAGUUUAGCUUUAUUUCAACAAAUAUACAUUAAUGCUAACCGUUGGAUUUCUAGUGGAAGUUUAAGACAAGUGUAAAGUUUGGUUCACGUGUGUUACCCACAAAUGAUCUUAAUUAUCAGAACUAUUAUUAGAAGCUUGGAUCUACAAAAAGUAUCAAUAAAU